CUUUGAUGAAGAGAUGAAAACAUCAUUGAUUAAUUAUUAACACUCUUAAUUCUACUUUUCAAGUGCAAGCCAAGUUUAUAUAUUUUCAGCAUGGCAGAAACUGGACGUCCCCUCCUUCAGCUAUCAUUUUUCUUGAUUGCUCUUGUUGUUAUAACUGCAGUUAAUUUCUCAUGGUCUCCGAAUACACAAGUGAUGGCUACACGAGAAUUACCGGUAGAUAUUGAAAUGAUGAAACAAAAAUUACUUCCAGUGGGGGACAUAGUAACUUGUCUCAAAUAUUGCAAUGUCGAAAGUGACUGCAGUGAUGGUUGGCUCUGUUACAAUUGUGUCCCUUCUGCUUUUGCAGGAUGGAGGUCCCAAUGUGACAAAACUACUGUUACUGGUGAAGGUUAUUUUGGAACUCUCCUUAAAGCUAAGCUCAUGAACCAACAAAAGAAUAUUGCUUAAGAUAUAUGAUAAAUUAAAUUGUGUGUUUAUGAAUGUUUUAUGCAAAAUGUAAUUUGUGUGUGUCUGUGUGUAAUGCUUUGUGUAAAAUAUAAUAAGUGAUCAAUAUUUCCUAUGAAAGACUUGGAUCGUGGAUUAUUACAAACUAUGAAAAGCUAGCAGUUCGGCUUGUGACUGCCUAUCGAAUUCGACGUGAAAUAUUAUGUUUUCUGUUUAUUCCUAA